CAACGAACCUUGAAUUUCCACUCUUGAGACAUAGAUGCCCUUUCACAAAUCCCCGAGAUGAUGACUGGCUUAUCCAACAUGGGAAUUCUCUUCCUGAGUACUGUGCGCGUGAAUGGAAAGUACGGAUGUAGCUCUUUGCGCUUCGCACCACCCUCUUCGAGUUCGUGGCAACCGGGACACUGGAAGUCUAUGUCCUCAGCACGGGCCUUGUCCGUGAGCCACUGCGCUAAUCCUAAGCAGGGGUCGCACACGACGCGAGGGCAGGAAUAGCACUCGAAUAAGUAUUUAGCUCCGUUGUGGCAAAGGUAGCAAUACUGGUUAUGCCACUCCUCAGCCAGAGGGGACUGUCCCCAAGAGGAUGGAACGGAUGUCAACGAACUCAGUGUUGAAGCCUUUGAGGUGGACUGCACGGAUGCAUGUCGGAUGGGGGUGGCGCGAGCAGCGCGAAUGAUUUGCACUCAUGGUGCAAUACCGGACGUGGUUUUCUUUGCGUUCUGCCUUGUUCUGGCCAUGGAUAGUUCCUUAAUGAAAUGUUGACGUGUGACG